AUGACGUACAACGCUCGUAUCAACGACGCAGAUUGUAUACAAAUCUUCAUGGAGUCCAUGCGAGACCUGGAAGACCGUGUCGAGGAGAUACCGCUAUGGGACGAAUAUCUCGCCAAGGAUCACGAAGAAGCUGCAAGGUUCUUCCAACUAACAUGGAACGCCAAAGGCGUGGAUCCAGAGGAUAUAGGCAUGGCCGUCGUAUGGGACAUGCUUGCGGGCCUCGACGAACCGCCUUGGCGAGCUCUCGUCAACGGAGAAAGGCAUCUCUACGCAGACAUUGCCUAUCAAACUAAGGAGCGCUGGUUGUCCCAUGCCGAUGUCGCGUAUAGGACACUCGAAGAUCUCUGCGAGGCACUUCAGGCCGCUGCAGCCUCAACCUCCGCAUUCCUUCUCUGGCACCGCCAACUCCGUAUCCUUCCGUACCCUCCUCUUUCAACCCCGCGGGCAGAGGCCGGUAGGCCGGAAUUCCGAGAUCACGCUGAUUACGACUACCUCUGCCACGUUCUCAAUAGUAUCGACAACGAUGCUGUCCAGUAUGCACGUGUGCCACAGUGGGAUACAUGUUAUGCCCAAUUAAUCGAGAGGGUUUCCUCGAUGCUUUCCAAGCCGAAGCGCUCCUUUGGGUCACAAGAUAUAGCAGCAGCCGUCGUAUGGCGCGCGCUCGUUAGCGAGAACGCGCCUCUAUGGAGGCAAGCUCAACGCUUGAACCUGGUGGCUUGGCCCGGAUCCAUAUACCACGACGAGCGUCGCAAGAUCUUACACGGGCUUACGGCGAGGACGCUGCAUGUAUUCAGCGAGUGCGAGGGGACAGACAAGAUGUGGAAUCGUUACUACAAAACCUUAGAUGAGGUUGCGUACAUGGCGUAUUCCUAUCUGCGGAAGGAGGGCAAAGUACCUUCUACCCCGACUUGCGCCGAUUUCUGUGGGACAUACGACGACAUCAACGUUGCUACGAAGAACAGAGAUCAGAAGAGGAGGAUGGAGGAUGUUCCGGACUCCAAUCGCGCGAUCAAGAGGAGAUUCAUUGCGGUACCUCCUCAAGUCGAACAUUCUUCGCAAGAUUGGAACGCGUACCAUGGCGUGGUCGCUCGAGGUCCUGCGCAGGUCAGGCAUGUCGCGCGGUUGACGAUAUGACGUCAGCUGAGAGUGCAUAUGAACGAUACUCUACGUCCAACGAAGACCGAAUUCCUGGUAUGAUCAUUCCCGAUACCAGGACGAAUAGUGAUACCACAUUGUACAUUGCUAGCUUACGUUGUACAUCGGUUUGCCCAGGUCAAGCUGCCUGACCCUCGAUGUCC